AUGUCGUCACUUAACGAUCACGUGCCUGAGUUAAUGGAGAAAGGUGGGUUUGAUGAGAUUGUUGAUAAAGAGAUUUUGAAUGAUUUGGGUGGGGAUGAUGAUUUGGUUCUGAGACGGUCACAUAGAAUAAGAACGAUAGCUGAGGAAGAUGGUCAGAUUCUAGCUAAGACAGAAAGUCUCUCUUUCUUGGAAACAUCUGCUCUUGAAGCCACCAAUGUCGAGAAAGCAUUUUAA